CCGGCACCGGCGGCCAUGGCGAACACUCUGGACCUGGACAAAGGUUGCACGGUGGAGGAGCUGCUCCGAGGUUGCAUCGAAGCCUUUGAUGACUCCGGAAAGGUGCGAGAUCCACAGCUAGUGCGCAUGUUUCUCAUGAUGCACCCCUGGUACAUACCUUCUUCUCAGCUGGCAGCGAAACUGCUCCACUUCUAUCAGCAAUCCCGAAAGGACAACUCCAACUCGCUACAGGUGAAAACGUGUCACCUGGUCAGGUACUGGGUCUCAGCGUUCCCAGCGGAAUUUGACUUGAACCCAGAGCUGGCUGAGCAGAUCAAGGAGUUGAAGGCCCUGUUAGACCAAGAAGGGAGCCGCAGGCACAGCAGCCUCAUCGACAUUGAGAGCGUCCCCACCUACAAGUGGAAGCGGCAGGUGACCCAGCGGAACCCUGUGGAACAGAAAAAACGCAAGAUGUCUCUGCUGUUUGAUCACUUGGAGCCUAUGGAGCUGGCAGAGCAUCUCACCUACUUGGAGUAUCGCUCCUUCUGCAAGAUCCUGUUCCAGGACUAUCACAGCUUUGUGACUCAUGGCUGUACUGUAGACAAUCCCGUCCUGGAGAGAUUCAUCUCUCUCUUCAACAGCGUCUCUCAGUGGGUCCAGCUCAUGAUCCUCAGCAAGCCCACAGCCACGCAGCGGGCGCUGGUCAUCACACACUUCGUGCAUGUGGCAGAGAAGCUGCUGCAGCUGCAGAACUUCAACACGCUAAUGGCCGUUGUCGGAGGCCUGAGCCACAGCUCCAUCUCACGCCUCAAGGAGACCCACAGCCACGUCAGCCCUGAGACCAUCAAGCUCUGGGAAGGUCUGACAGAACUAGUGACAGCCACUGGCAACUACAGUAACUACCGGCGCAGGCUGGCAGCCUGCGUGGGCUUCCGCUUUCCUAUCCUGGGUGUGCACCUCAAGGAUCUGGUAGCUCUGCAGCUGGCUCUGCCUGAUUGGCUGGACCCAGGUCGCACCCGCCUCAAUGGAGCCAAGAUGAGGCAACUGUUCAGCAUUCUGGAGGAGUUGGCCAUGGUGACCAGCCUGCGACCACCAGUGCAAGCCAACCCUGACCUGCUGAGUCUGCUCACGGUGUCCCUGGAUCAGUAUCAGACGGAGGAUGAGCUGUACCAGCUUUCCCUGCAGCGAGAGCCACGUUCCAAGUCAUCGCCAACCAGCCCCACCAGCUGUACCCCGCCUCCCCGGCCCCCUGUCCUGGAAGAGUGGACCUCAGUUCCCAAGCCUAAGCUGGACCAAGCCCUGGUGGCAGAGCACAUUGAGAAGAUGGUGGAGUCUGUGUUCCGGAACUUUGACGUCGAUGGAGACGGUCACAUCUCCCAGGAGGAGUUUCAGAUCAUCCGGGGCAACUUCCCUUAUCUCAGUGCCUUUGGGGACCUGGAUCAGAACCAGGAUGGCUGUAUCAGCCGGGAAGAGAUGGUCUCCUACUUCCUGCGCUCCAGUUCGGUGCUGGGAGGCCGCAUGGGCUUCGUACACAACUUCCAGGAGAGUAACUCGCUACGCCCGGUCGCCUGCCGCCACUGCAAAGCUCUGAUCCUGGGCAUCUACAAGCAGGGCCUCAAAUGCAGAGCUUGUGGUGUGAACUGCCACAAACAGUGCAAAGACCGCCUGUCAGUGGAAUGCCGCCGCAGGGCCCAGAGUGUGAGCCUGGAGGGCUCCGCACCCUCUCCCUCACCCACACAUACCCACCAUCGGGCCUUCAGCUUCUCCUUGCCUCGCCCAGGCAGGCGCAGCUCCCGGCCCCCAGAGAUCCGAGAAGAGGAGGUACAGGCAGUGGAGGAUGGAGUGUUUGAUAUCCACUUAUAAGAUGCUGUGACUAUCAAGGACUCAUCCUGCCUUGGAGAAAAGACUUGGAGCAGAGCAGGGAGCCUGGGGUUCCGGGGCAGGAGGCUGGGACUGAGGGUGGGGGCUGAGGGUGGCAUGCGCUGAGGUCAGGGCCGGGGCUGGCGUCCCUAAGGUUGUACAGACUCCUGUGAAUAUUUGUAUUUUCCAGAUGGAAUAAAAAGGCCCGCAUAAUUAACCUGGACCAUCGGCCUAAAAUCCUCAGAUGCUGAA